GAAUGGGAAUGGGAAUGUUGAGAAGCUCUCAUCAGCCGAUAUGCCCGAGGGAACAGCACUGCUCGGAAUGGUCUCGGCAUUAUAUGAAGUAUUGUCUCUGCAAUUUGAAAGAUGGAGUGUCCUUAUCACUGGGUUUAGUGAGUGUCAUCAGUUGGGGUGUUGCUGAAAUUCCUCAAAUCAUCACCAAUUACAAACAAAAAUCUGCAGAGGGACUCUCGCUCGCCUUCCUCUUCACUUGGAUUGUCGGAGAUCUUUUCAACCUUUUUGGCUGCUUGCUGGAACCAGCUACUCUUCCAACACAAUUCUACAUGGCAAUAUUAUUUACAAUAACUACCUUGGUUCUUACUGGUCAAACGAUAUACUACGGCCACAUCUAUCAUCGCCUGAAAUCCAAUAAACAAAGCCACAAGCUUGCCCCAGCUGAGGCAGUAGAGAAGAAAAGAUCGUGUGGUAGUGUUGUUGCCAAGAAACAAGACUACAAUGAAGACGGAGGGGGAAAUGCAACCAAUGUCUUUGUGUCAGGAAUUGCUCCAAGUUCACCCAUUCCUCUUCCAGGGCUUCCGUGUUAUAGUUCCAUGGAAGGAGAAUUAUACUACAUAAUAUUAAGUCCUGUAGUUUGUCCUAUUGGGAAAACUAACAGGUUAUCAUUGAAUAAUUCUUUUUUGUCACUGGAAUUGCAGGUAAGCAGUAGUUUAUUGCAAGAAACUGGGAGCACAGGGAGCAGUAAAAUUGGGACCAUCCUUGGUUGGGGAAUGGCAGCCAUCUACAUGAGCGGGCGGCUUCCACAAAUUUGCUUAAAUAUUAGAAAGGGCAAUGUUGAGGGGCUUAAUCCAUUAAUGUUUGUUUUUGCUCUGGGUGGGAAUAUAACAUAUGUAGCAAGUAUACUUGUGAGCAGCUUGGAAUGGUCAAAAAUUAGUGCAAAUCUGCCAUGGCUGGUGGAUGCUGGAGGAUGUGUGCUUCUUGAUACUUUUAUACUAAUGCAAUUCAUCUAUUUCCACUCUCGAACACCGCAAGAUGCCAAGGGUCAAAAUUCGAACCAUUCUUAAAAGACAACGGAACAUAAUGCUUCCCAGGGCAUCUCUUUGCAACUUACCUAUGCAAUAACACCCAUUUACGGAGCUGAUGUGAAUGAAGCCCUUGUUGUGGCCUUUCUAACCAGACCGAACAAUGGACAUCUGAACUUGAAAGUUCUCCUGGCUUUCCUUUGAUGGAAACCACUCUUGAUUUUGUUUUGUUCAGAGAUGAUUUAGCUGUUGCAAUUGCUUUUAAUAUUUUUGUUUGAUGUACAGAGCAGGACAUAUUUCUCUCUGUUCAGUUUCUUUUCAAAGCAAAUGUAGAAUUUUAUUUUUGUUGUUGAUACUCUUUUCUUUUGUGUUCUUUCGAGAGUUGUAGAAUGGUUGCUGACAUUAUAUUAUCUAUCAGCUAAAUCUGCAGAAACUUUGUUUUGCAAAUAUAAUUUCAGUGUUCUAUUAUUUUUUGCUGUUGAGUGCAAUUUAU